CACAAGCUGUGAUGUUACGUUAGCUAAUUGCUAACAGAAAUAUGGGCAGCUUCAUGGAUUACGCCUAUCCAGCUGGAGAUGAGAGCGACGCCAGCAAUGAUGAGUGGGACAUUGGGUGUUCGGAUAAAAAGUCUCCUCGCAUCAAGGGUUUGGAUGCUGUUGUACCAGAUGCAGAAGAUAAUGUGUCAUUGCUGAAAAGAGCCAUCAGUAAAGGAGACAUUGAGGCAGUUAAACAGCUGUUGGACAAUGGCAUCGACGUGGAGACCAGGCUUGGCUUUGAAUGGACUCCUCUGAUGUGUGCUGUCAAUGUGGCCAAUUAUGACCUGGCCAAACUGCUACUGGACAGAGGGGCCAGUGCCAACUUCAGCAAAGAUCAUUGGACAUUGCUGAUGGCCACCUGCACUGCGUCUGCCAGUGAAGACAAAAUUGCUCGCUGUGUGGAGCUUCUGCUUUCCAGAAAUGCUGAUCCCAACAUGGUUGACAGGUCUCACAUGACCUGCCUGAUGCAGGCAGCCAGGAACGGUUACAGUAAAAUCAUCAACCUGCUGGUUUCCCAUGGGGCAGAAAUCGAUUUCCAGGAUGACAAUGGAUACACGGCUUUGUCUAUAGCAGUGCAGUAUGGCAGAGAGGAGGCAGUGCUGAAGCUCCUCCAGCUGGGGGCAAACAAAACCAUAAAGACCAAGGCUGGCAAGAGCCCUGCCGAACUGGCUGUGAUCUUCAAACACUCACAGAUAAGCAGAAUUCUGGCCUCUUCAUCCCACGCCUCGACUGUCGAGACCUUCAGCUCCAUGGAAGAGACCCUUGCAAAGUUCUUCAAAACUAACUCUGAACCGCCACCUUCCAAGGAAAAAGUAACCAAGCUUGAUGACCUUGAGCUCCUCCUACACGGCCUUGAUCUUGGCUACCUCACUGACAUCAUGACUGAACAUGAUAUCACCUGGAGCUACCUGUCGACCAUGGAGAAAGAGGACUUGGAGAAGAUUGGUAUCACAGACCCGGUGGACCAGCAGAAGGUGCUGAGUGCUGUGAAGCAGAUGCACCUGGACAAAGUGGACCUAGACACACUCAGCCAGCUGGGAGCCACAGACAUUGGGAGUGAGGAGCUGCAUAACUUCUUGAUAAGAGUAAGGCAGCAUUGUUGUUACCUGACAGAGACAAUUCAGGAUGUCGUCAGCCGUUUUCCCGGCCAAGCCUAUAAGCUGGUCUUCUCAUUGGAACAGAAGAAGGAGGCCCAGGCCAUCUGCAACCAGGUAGUGGUCCAGACUAAAGAUCUGCAGAAGGAAGUCGCCUGUCUCCGCAAUCUGCUAUGCCAGAUGGACGAGGCCGGAGAUCGCUGUCAUAUUCUUCAACCUGGUUCCCACAGCAACUGGAGGAUGCGGUCCCUGACCAGAGUAGCGUUAAGCGCUCUUGGCGCCAGCUUCCUCUUGCUCCUCUACAAAGCUGCCAGUGGCAAGGUUUACCAGCAGAUGUUCAGGAGUGCCUGCUAAACACCUGAAUGGUUGUGUUCAGUCAGUUAAUGAGCUUGUAAUAUUUUGUUUUGACUGUAGGUGAUAAAUUGGAUUAUGGAAGGACUGAUAUGUUUUAGGAUAAAACAGAAUUUUUGUUGUUGUAACGCUUUUGUUUUCCACUUUGGUCUGACUGGUCUUUGAGUUUAGUUCUGAAUUCUUUUACCUUUUUAUGUUUUAAGGGUUUAAGUGAAAAUUAAAGUUUCUUAUGAGGAACAA